AAUGCCUACGUACCUGAUAUAUGUAUAUACCUUCGUAAUUUUUCAUACACCCAGGUAUUUUAUCUAUGGGUACGUGUAGCAUGGAUGCAUGCGACGCAGCCCGGGAUCCAACUCCAUCAUCACCAUCAACACCAUCAUCGUCGUCAUCAUUGUCCUCUCUCUCUCUGCCUCUCCGCCUCCCUCCCUCCCUCUACCCCCCUCCCCGCGUGUCCUCUCUGGGGAUGAUACAAUCACCAAUCUGCUUUGCCGACAAUCCCACCUUUUCGAGUUUUUAUCUGCUAGUGCGCUUCGAGGCGAUAACCCCGGCUAGAGAGGCACCUCGCGAUUCACACCAACCGCGCAUCACCUCUACCAGCUAUCGUCACCUCUCUCCCUCCUCCUCCCCGAGCAUCCAUUGACAUAUACCUAUCCAUACCUAUCUGUACCCAUGUAAUACACAUAUAGGUAGAAUACAUAUAGGCAUAGAGAUACGUACGCGCGUGCGCGCAAUCCUCCCCGCCCUCGGUCACGGCGGGUCCUCCAGGAGCCAUGGCGCCACCGUCCAACCGCGACAUCGAGAUGAACGUCUUCCCCAUAAAGGAGGACUCCCUCGCGCAGGGCAGCAGCUACACCAUGCGCGAGCCCCUCUACGAAGACACCGCGCCCCCGCGAUUCCUCGACCGUUUAGUCGACGGCUUCCGCCGGGACCCCAGCCAGCGCAUCACGUCCGAAGACCCCCUCGACGACAUCCACACGGUUGAGGCCGUCCGGUUGCACCGGCCGAUCCUGGGCAGGCGAGGCUCUCAGUCGCAUCAUUAUGAUUUACGGCUGGCCACCUUGCAAACCGCCCAGUCGCAUCUGGCCAGGAAGCUGAAAGGCCGGCAUCUGCAAAUGAUCGCCAUGGGCGGCUCUAUAGGGACCGGCCUAUUCGUCGCUUCGGGUCGCGCCCUUCAGGUCGGCGGUCCCGCCUCGUUGCUCCUUGCCUACCUAUUCAUCGGGUGCAUGCUCUACUGCACCGUCCAAGCUCUCGGUGAACUCGCAGUCUGUUUCCCAGUCGCCGGUUCUUUCUCGGCCUAUUCGACACGCUUCAUCGACCCGUCGUGGGGUUUUGCUAUGGGCUGGAAUUACGCGUUGCAAUGGCUCGUUGCCCUGCCGCUCGAAAUCAUCGCUGCGUCCAUCACCAUAUCGUACUGGAACCCGGAUCUAAACAAGGCCAUAUUUGUAACCAUCUUCCUCUCCGCCGUCGUCGCGAUCAACCUGUUCGGCGUCAAGGGAUACGGCGAAGCCGAAUUCGUCUUCGCUAUUAUCAAGAUCAUCGCUGUCAUCGGCUUCAUAUUGCUGGGCAUCGUUCUAAAUAUCGGCGGGGUCCCGGGCGGCGGAUAUAUCGGGGGCCUGUACUGGCGGGAUCCGGGCGCAUUCCACAACGGCUUCAAAGGUCUGUGCAGCGUUUUCGUCACGGCCGCCUUCGCCUUCGCCGGCACAGAGUUGGUCGGCCUUGCCGCCGCCGAAACGGCAAACCCUCGAAAGUCCCUGCCGACCGCCAUCAAGCAGGUGUUUUGGCGCAUCACGUUGUUUUACAUCGUGGCGCUAUUUCUCAUCGGCCUCCUCGUGCCGUACGAUGAACCCCGCCUGCUUCUCCCCGGGUCGGCGUCCGCCGCGGCGUCCCCCUUCGUCAUCGCCAUCGAGAACGCGGGUAUCGAGGUCUUGCCCUCGGUUAUGAACGUCGUCAUCCUGAUCGCCGUCCUCUCGGUCGGAAACUCCUCCGUCUUCGGCUCCUCGCGGACGCUCGCCGCUCUGGCCGACCAGAGCCAGGCGCCGAGGAUCCUGUCCUACAUCGACCGCCGCGGCCGCCCCUUGGUUUCCAUCAUCGUCGCGUCCUCGAUGGGCCUGCUGGCGUACCUCGCCGACCUGAACGAGCAGGGCCUCGUGCUCGGCUGGCUCGUCGCCAUCUCGGGGCUGUCGUCCAUCUUCACCUGGGCGUCGAUCUGCCUGGCCCACAUCCGGUUCCGCCAGGCCUGGUUGCAGAAGGGCCACAGCCUGCGCGAGCUGGCCUUCAAGUCCCAGUGCGGCGUGGCGGGCUCCUACCUGGGGUUCGCCUUCAACGUCGCCGUGCUGCUGGCCCAGUUCUGGGUCGGCGCGUGGCCGGUGGGCUGGCGCGAGCUGCCGCCGAGGGACCUGGCCCAGAGCUUCUUCCUGCAGUACAUGGCGGUCCCCGUCGUCGUCGUCUUCUACCUGGCGCACCGCCUCUACGCCCAGACCUCGUUCGUCCGGAUCGCCGACAUGGACAUCGUCACGGGCCGCCGCGACUUCAACCUGCCCAUCCUCCUCGCGCAGGAGGCCGAGGAGCGGAGGGGCUGGCCCCGGUGGAAGCGCAUCUACAAGUUUUUGUGCUGACGUGAAGCCGCUACUACUACCUGCUUUUUUUUUGUCCUCCCUUCCGUAGCGGCAUUGUUUGGUUUUUCUUUCUCUCUCUAAUAAUCCCAUUCUAUUUUAUCGCACCGCAAGUUCAGCGCGGGAACGGCGCCGGCGGCGCUCUCGGAAUAAAUGUACCAUAACGACGGGUGUCUUGCCUGGCGAGGAGCGCGAGGCGAAGCGGGAGUAAUGCGGCGGUGCCUGUAUUUUGAGAGAGCGAGGCGUACGGCUUUGCGGAGGCUAUCUAUCGUCGUUCUAUCUGUCUGGAUUCAUCUACCUAUAUACCUAAGUCGAACGAGUCACUUCUAGCUUUCCCCCGCUCUUUGCUCCGUAUAGGUAUAUAUAUACUGAUGUGGUUUUCGCUUAUCUCCCCUCCUCCUCCACCACCAUUAUCUCCUUCUCGGUACGCGCCCCGCGCAUACCUACGGGACGUGGUACGUAAGUGCGUGUGCGUGUGAUAUCGUCGUCGCAUCGACGUCGAAUCUGGUCCGGCGCCGCGUAAGUGGUGGGAGAUGAGCUAAAUAGCGAAGACUACCAAGUAGCGCUGUUAGGAAUCGAACCUAUCCUUCGUUAAGUAACCUAUUGAUCUGUGGGAUGGGGGUUAGGUAGAUAGGCAGG